CAGUUGUGAAGAGAUCAGUUCCAGAUGUCUGUGCAACUUGCCACAUUCACGCUACAUGUCAUCAAAUUGAAGGAAAAAGUGUCUGCAUCUGUAACUAUGGAUUUGUAGGCAAUGGAAGAACCCAUUGUCAAGAUAAAGACGAAUGCCAGAUUGGAGCCAGCAAGAUCUGUGGAAAUCAUACACUGUGUCAUAAUACACACGGAAGUUUUUACUGUGUCUGCCUUGAUGGAUAUCGAGCCUCCAACAACAACAAGACAUUUAUUCCUAAUGAUGGCACAAACUGUACAGAUGUAGAUGAAUGCGAGGAGUCUGGGCUGUGUGGUCGCAAUGCAAGAUGCGUGAAUACUGAAGGAAGCUACAGGUGUUUCUGCAAUGAUGGUUAUAAAUUAGAUAACGGAGAGCAUUCUUUUCAUCCAGAUGGGAACACAGUUUCAUGCAAAGAAAUUGGAUGUGGUUCCCCUCCUGAAAUGAAACAUGGCUACAUUGUGGGGAACUACAGCUUGCUACCAGGAAGUGCGGUUCAUUAUGAAUGUAAGGAAGGGUUUUACAGUGACGAGGGAAAGUUGUCGUAUUGCACUGCAAAUGAAACUUGGGAACCUGCCACUUUAAGCUGUAAAGGUGUGGACUGUGGGGUUCCACCCUCUGUUUUAAAUGCACAUCCAGCAUCUCUAAGUGGGACUACAUAUGGAAGUGAAGUUACUUACAAUUGUGUUCAUGGUUACUUUAUGGCAAGUGGCAAUCAGACUGCAGUCUGCAAUGCCAAAGGACAAUGGGAUGGUAUUGAUCUGGUGUGCAAAGAAAUAGACUGUGGCAAACCUUUGCUGAUUCCACACACAGAAAUGACCUGGGACAACUCUACCACCCUAAGGAGCAGAGUGCACUAUCAGUGUAAAGAAGGAUAUUAUUUUAAUGGAGGCAGGAAUUUUUCAGAAUGCACAAUAGAUCAGUCGUGGGAGAAUAUUACGUUUGUAUGCAAAGAGGAGGAAUUAUUCAGUAAUUUGUCCAUAUUCAAUGAAACAUGUGUGGAGUGGGAAAGGAAAACUGGAAGUUUGGGAGUGCAGAAAACAUACACAUUUCACAUACGGGGCCAGAGAUGGGAUGAGAAGACGUUCUCAGAAGACGUGAUAUUUAACAUCACUACAAGUGAAGAUAAUCCAAAGGUGUGUUUAGAUCUCGACUCUGGCAGUAACUACGUGGUGAAUAUUACUACAAUCUCUUCCACAAACACCCCUGUCUCGGUUACAGUAGCAGUUCAAACAAAGGUAAAGGAAGCUUUCAAUAAUGUACUGAUUUUUAAUGAUACCUGCUUGAAAUGGCGGAGAAAUGUCAGGGGAACUGAUGUGGAAGACAGAUAUUCAUUUCAUGUGCAAGGCCAGCGUUGGUAUCAGAAAGAGUUCUUUCAUGAAAUGAUCUUUGACCUUACUACACACAAGCAGGCUCCAGAAGUUUGUUUUGAUUUGCAGCCAGGCACCAAUUACUCUGUUAAUAUUUCCAUGGCAGCUUUGAAUUUUUCAUUGCUCGUUUCCAUGACAACACAAAUCACAGUUUUCACAGAUGUUAUAUUGUUGAUAGUCCAGCAGCAGAACAAGGAGAGGAAUGAGGGGGCAGUGUUGGGCACAGCAGGUAAAAAGAUGGUUUG